AGGUGUUCAAAACCUCUUCCUCUUUGUAGAGCGCGGGGAAUUUGUUUUUUCACAUUUUAAACUAUUUCUUAAAGAAUAGAUUUUUUUUGUAUGAGAAGAGGAUGGAUCGUUAUGUUCUAGUAGUUAGUUUUAAUAAACAGGAGGAUGAAGACAUUAAUUGUUUUACAGGACUGACAGCUGCAAACAAGGUUUAUGAAUCCCUCAAAGAAAUAUCUAUUAACUCGUCCAAAAGGAAGGUCUCACCUUUUCCACCUUGCACACUCACUGGAAUUCCUGCUCCCCAGAGGUGCUUCUUUGCUAUACAAUCAAGCUCUGGGUCUUCACAGUUUUGCAGCUCAGAGUGGGAAAGUGUUGGUACAACUUCUGUGAAAAAUGAUAGCGAGGAGUCUGCUACUUCAGUGAUUGAGGCUUAUCAGUGCACUCUUCAGAGGCUGGAGGAGGAAUGGCAGAAAACAGCAACUUACUUGUCUGCUCAUAUUUUGGAUCCACAAAACCUUGGGAGCUGUAUUGAUGUUGAGGAGAUAUGGCGAGGAAAUAUACUUAUUAGAGAGAAAAAGUUUGCCUCAGAGGUGAGAUUUGGAGGAUUCUGCUUGAAGAAUGUCCCUUGUGACACAUGGAGCAGUAUCCUGUCCCCUGAUGCUGAUCUUCCAACUUUCACGGGCAGUAAACGUGACCCAGAGGUGUACCACUAUUAUAGGCCUGUUUUAGAUUUGGUACAGCUGGUGGCGCUGCCUGACCUUCCAGUAAACUUCUAUUCCAGCACCGAGUUCAAGCUCGAAGUGUUAACAGGACCAAAGGGAGACAAGUCUAAAUUGCUUUUGAAUCAGCUGGGAUCACUCCGUGUGAAGGUUGGAGCAUUAUUCGCAUUGUCCUGUACUGUUAGCAACAUAGUAAUUCCACCAUCGAAUCAGUUAAGCACUCAGAAAUGGAAAGAGUAUAUGGCAAAGAAACCUAAAUCACUCUUUGCCUGUGAUCCUGAAGUGAAAGGGGAGAAUGGACUCUACCUCCUCCUAGUCCAGGGUACAGACACUGGGGACUGCAAAGCCAGACUGAUUCAUUCUGCCAGUCAGAUCAAUGGAGCUGCUGGCCAGGCCACUGUCAGUGGAUUGGUCAAAGGGAAGUCUUUGCCAAUAGCAGAUGUGUCCACCUGGCUGGGGUCAAUGCCUUGUCUUCAUGGAGACCAGCUGAUGCAAAGGGAAAGGGGGCUGACCAAUGUGCAGACACUGGCCCUGAAGGAAUGGCUCAGAAGGAGAGAAGAAAACAAGAAACCUGCAUCAGUUCCAGUCAAUGAUCUGAAAGCUCUGUUGACUCUUGCCAGAGAACAAUAUCUAAAGAUGCACGAUGCUAGAAUACCCAGAACAGUACUUCAUACUGAAGAACAAAAAGUGAAUCGUGUCAGAAGACGCCCUGGAUCUGAUGCACGCAACAUGACCCGUUUAGAAUGGCCUGAGAGAAGAGUCCUUCAAAAUUUUGAAAACCAGGAGAAGAUCCGUCAGAAGUCAAGGACAGCUGUUCUGUUAUCUGGCUCUUCUGAUUCUUUGUUGGGUCCAAAGGACAGUCAAAGAUGUCCUUCUGCCAUGCUGGAUGCUAAAGAACUGCUGAAACACUUUACGCCUGAGGGUUUACCUACGGGAGAACUGCAGCCUCUACAGAUUCAGAGGGGGGAAAACGCCUUCCAGAUAUCCUGUGACCUGACACCCCGGAAAGUGCAGCAUCUGCCUUUUAACAAGGCAGCCAACUCCCACUAUCACGGAAUUGAAUUCUGCCUGGAUGACCGGAAUUCUUUGGAUCGAGACAAAGCCUUCGGCAAGCUUCAGUCUCGCCUCAUCCGCUAUGAGACCCACACUACGUGCUCCAAGGAGCCCUGCCCCGUGCCUUUCGCACUGAGCCCGGCCCCCUCCCCUGCGGUCCUCUCCGAGCCCGGCAGCGUCCCCGAAGGAGAGGCUUUUCAGCUGGAGCAGAAGGGGGAGCUCUCCAGACGAAAGAGGCUGCCUAAAUCAGAAAGCAGCAACUCCCUUCUUUCUCAUCCCGGUGGCAGCAGUGGACACCGCGCCGCUGCCCGCUCUCUGAGAGAUCAGCCUCAGAGAUCUGUGUCGACUGCCUCGGCUCCCCUCAAGCGCAGUCCCAGCACGGGCAGAGAAUGUCAGAGUCAGGGAAAGACCCAGGGCCAGGCGACGGCACAGCCCACAAAAGAGUCACGGUCACAGAAGCAUGUUCGGAUGCUGAAAGAGGUCGUUGCAAAAACACUGAGUCAUCAUGGGAUUAGAGAGGACCAUGAGAGUUUUGAAGCCUGCAGCCAACGCCUUUUUGAAAUAUCAAAGUUUUACCUGAAGGACCUGAAAACCUCCCGUGGUCUCCAUGAGGAAAUGAAAAAAGCUGCAAAUAAUAACGCAAAGCAGGUAAUUGACUGGAUCCUGGAAAAAGCUUCAAAGAAAUAAUGAGCCACUAGUAACUAAAAAUAGAUGGAAAGCUCAUCCCACCUUUCAUGAUUUGGAUCAUUUGUUUUUGCACAUUAUACUUGAAAACCACUAAUCCCUUUGUGGUUUCCGUGUUACACAACUUUCCUUGAUAUACAUGUGGUGGACGGUGCUUUUUGCAGUGUGUUGUCCUACUUAAAUAUAGCAUUAGCAGGAGCUGACAGGAUGCAUUACUAACACUUGUAUACUGAUUUCUGUAGGUUUUUAAAUUAUUAGAAAAUCUCUAUUUUUAGGUGUAAGCAUUUAUGAAUGGCAUUGAUACCAGUGACAAUGUGUUUCUAGGAAUGUACUUUUGUGUAGUUACAGACGUGUUUUCUGUAUAGGAAAAGACUAUUGUAUGUUCCAUAAAAUAAUUAUCUGGAUGUGCAAUAUGCAUUGUUUUAUUCCUGUUUUUUUCUUUCUACUUUAUUUCUGUAUAUUUUAGCAUUGUGCUAAAGUUUUCCGAUUCCUAGCUGUUGUACAAAUCUUUCCAGUGAUCAGUUUUGUUAAUGUUUCAUCGUUGACUAAAAUUAAAUAAAUGUUAUUGAGAUGAAAACUCACAAAAAGUAAUUUUAUGCUUACAUUUUAUUUGAACUGUUAGCUUACACUCUUUAUUAAAGCUUUAUAAUUAUGAUGCACUGGUGGCUUUCUUUUGAAAACUUUGAAAACUAAAAAGACCACAAGCUUUUACAUAUUUUAAUAGUAGAAAAUUACUUAUGUACAUUUUUCUUAUUUAUUCUUCAAGCAGUAAAACCAAUGGCAUAGAUCAACAUUGAAAGACAGUUUAAGAUAUGUUCCCAGCACACUGUACAGCUAAGUGGGGUACAAUUUCUUUUUCAUUUAGAUCUUAAUUACAGUAAUUAAAAUGUAAGAUAACAUUAAAGGCACAGGAGUUUCAA